GAGACGCCUUGGGGUCGACGUGACGCAGUUUGGAAUUCCCACAGUUCCCAAGUUCACAAGAGGAGAGGGUCGUUCUUCCCAAAAUACGAGACGUUUUCAAGGAUAAAGCUUGAUCUGUGUCGUGCUGUGCCACGCUGAGCCUGGAGAGGGCGAUGUCUGACAGCAGCAACAGCACUGGCAGCACCGGCUCCUCCACCAACAGCUGGACCCUCCUCUCUCCUGAGGAAGCUGCCAUAGGAAAUGUGGGUCCUGUGGACGAUGGGACUGAGAGCCUGGGUGAUGCCCCGAGUCUCUCCGAGGAUGUCGCAGGAGCUUCUGCUGAUUACAAACCAGCUGAAAUUCCCAUAGAAACGAUCCUCUCUGAAGAAGGUCAUCAGAUCUGUCAAGAGACGUCCCCAGAGUCUAGUGAAGGUCCCGUCCCUUCGAGUCCUCCCCGGAUGAGCCCACUUCCCCCCCUGGACCCUCCAGACCUGGAUCUGGAGAGUCAGGCUCCAGUUAUCCAUGAUAUUGUAGCCAGCUCCCCAAGUGACAACGAGCCCCAGGGUGUCAUGUCUUUCAUCACCAACAUCGAUCUGGGGGCUCCACUCGAUAUUCCGCCUGUUGAAAUACCGCAGCUUGAGCCCGAGGGGGAAACAUCUGAGCCUCCUUUUGCUGGUGAGCUCGACGCACCUGCUGAUUCUGGGCCGAUCCCUUCAACUCAUGUGGAGGAGAGUCAUGCCUGCAAGGCUGAACCCGGGGUUCACGUCCCCGCAGAGACUCUCACAGCCACUGAUCUUCCAUCUCACACUGAAGCUGAAAUCAGCUUCAUCCCGGACAGCACAGAACCCCCGAGCACCGUUCCUGAGAGUUUAGGAGUGAUUGACCAACCAGGGGAUGAAAGUCUUACACCAGAGACUGUGGGUUCAGCUGAGAUCCAGGUGGAGGAGGUGGAGGAGGUGGAGGAGGCUGCUGGAGAAGAAAUAUCUGAGCCAGCCACUCAAGAUGAGAGAGAAGAUGAAGAAGAGCCAUCCAGCAGUUUUGAGUUGGGUGACACAAGCAGCGUUGAUGACGGCCUGAGGAGGAGAAAUGUGCCCUCCUUUGACGCACCCAGACCAAGAACUUCAGAUGAGGAAGACGAGGAGGAGGAGGUGGAAUUUAAGCUUGCUGAAAAGAAGGAGGAAAAGCCAUGGUUCUCCAUGAACACAUGUGUGGUGGCUGCUCUGGUCCUGCUCUUCUUGGGUUCCCUGUUUCUCUCAGGUUCCCUGUGUGACCUGGAUAAUGGAGACUUUGAAGGCUCUGAAGUGAGCGAUGGAGAACAAAGUCAGGAUGAGCUUAGUGGUGAUCCACAGGAUAUGAAAGCGCUAUUGGAUAAACUGACACAGGAAAACCAGCAAAUCACUCAGCUAGAGGCUCAGCUACAGACUCAAAAGGAAGAACUUGACUCUGAGAUGAAGGCGGUAGCUGAAAGCGGCGAUGAAAAGGGCACAGCAGACUUGGAAAAAGAAAAUGCAAAGCUGAAGGAGGAGCUGACGUCUCUGCCUGCGCUGAAGAAAGAGCUGGAGAGUCUCCGGGUUAGAGUGACUGAACUCAGCCAGCUCACAGCAGAACUGGAAAUAGUUCCAGCAACUUCUAGUCCAGUCUCUCAACCCGAUGAGAACGAUGCUCAGAUUUCUCACAAAGCAGCCGGACCAGAGAGGAGCGAGGAUGCAAAUCCGGAAAGAAAGCUGAAGGACGAGCUCCAGCGGCAGAAGCUUCUUCUAGAGGAGAGCAGGAAACGAUUGGAGGGGAUGAAAAAAGGUGGCGGCGAUAGAAAACAAGUACGGGACAACUUACAGAAGAUCCAGAGAGAGCUCUCUGAACACGUUGAGAAGUGGAGAAAGAAGAAGCCACAGGAGUCCAAAUGGAAAGGAAACAAAGGCAAACACGACAAGGACCACUGGAAGAAAGAAGAAAAGAGGGAAUGGAAGCACAGCAAAGAUGGAAGACCGAAGGAUAGAGAGGAGAAGGAGAGGGAGUGGAAGCCUCAGAAGCAGAACUCCCACAAAGAAGCCUGGAGGAAACACCAGGACGAGUGGGACAGGAAGAAGGGCGAGCGGAGGAUGGACAGAGAGGAAAGGAGGAAGGAGAAGCCGUGGCACGGCGGGUUGGGUAAAAACUCUCAGCAUCACCAGCCCCAGCAUCCUCCACCCCGUCAGUCCCACCAUCACCACCACCACGACGACUUCUGGAGAGACCAGGAGCAGAAGCUGCAGGGCAACGUGCGGCCCCAGCUGGGCUGCUCGUCCAUAGAGGACUGCGCCGGCCGGGAGGGGCUCUACCCGGUGGAGCUGCCCGAGUUCGAGGAACUACUGGAAGGAUACCUGAGCAAGCUCCAACGCUCCUCCACCGACAGCAAAGACAAGGUCAGGAAGCUCACCGCCGAUUUCUUCGAGGACGGCGUGUUCAUUCACGACCGGGUUCGCUUCAGCGACUUCGCCGAGGACGUGGCGGACGUUCUGGAAGACAUGGUGGACGUGUUGGAGGGCGGCAAGAUGAAAGAGGACGACUCCCUGGAGGAAGAGAUGGAGGAGUUUGAGCGAGAGGCCAUGUGGAAGUUUGCUGCCACCGCUUAAAAAAAGCAAAGCGGAAGGUGGGAGGGGCAGCAGUUUUCUGACAUUUCUACCCCACCUUCUCCUCCUGUAAUUGUAGUAGCCUUUGGUCUGGAGUUGUUGUGCCUCAAAAAUGUGUCCCCUCCAAGUCACUAAUUAUAAGCUAGAGUUGUGUUUUGCUAUUUUGGACUUAGUUGUUGUUACCUACCUCUGUCGGGUCGUGCCCCCUGCAGUGAAGUCCCUCACUAAUGUGUUGUGUGAGUUUUCCUUUGCCAUUUAAUGCUGUAUACAAUGCAUGUUAUUGUCUGUGAUAUACAUGUAAACUCAGAUCCCACAAAAAAACAGGGCUACGAGGGGAGGAGAGAGAUAUUUCUACCUAAUGCUACUGGGCACCGUGCAGUGAGGAAAAAUCGGUAUGAGUCAUACAGAAUUACAUUUUUUUUUAAAUAAACGGUAUACUUUUCCAUGUUUUCAAAAAGAAACAUUCUCCGGUCCAAGAAACUUCCUCAGAUACCAUUUGUUUCCAGGUGCUGUAAUUGUAAUUGUUGAGUCCCGAAAGAAAGAGGAGCUUGACGUCCGUCAGUUCAGAUAAAAUCAGCUCAGACCAGUUGUUUUUUUUUCCACUUAGUAAAUUUGAAGAGACGCACACAGAUUACUUCUGGAGAGCCCUCAGCGACAUUUCAUCCUCCGUCUCACUCUCGUCAGUUGAGAACAGAUGUGAGGAAUUAGUUUGUGCUAUUGACGGGGGAAAAAAGAAAGAAAGAAAGA